UGUGUUCGUUAAUAACAAAAAAGGCUGUGACGGGCAGUUUUCUCAGCCAAUGAGCACCGAUCUCAUCUGCAUAGGCUCGUAUCCACCGUCCCUAAACUCUUAAAGAUGAAUCAUUUUACACGUUCUUAAGAAUACUCCUCGUUUCUGCUGAGAAUUAAUGCACAGUGUGGCCUACCUAUUAGUGGAUGGAAGACAGAAACCGCUUUUCUGAGCUCACCCUCACUAACAGUGGAGUUCAAGUGUUUCCCGCGAUCGCCUCCCUGCGUGCGGCCGUAACAGUGUUACAGCUCUUUUCGAAUUUGUCUAGUAGGCUUUCCGCUCUGUGCUGGAAAGCCCCUCACAUGAGCGUUUUUAACGACAGAUUCUGCGUUUAGUGCGGUUAGUUCUGUAAAGCCCUGGCCCUUGUUUGCUGGGGCCAUCGGGCUGUCCGCUCUCCCCGAGCGGGAGGUCCUGGCUGUGCCGGCUUCCGGCUCCGGCUGGCGCUUCCUCCCUUCCCUCCCUCCUCUCCCCGUCUGCCCUCGGGAAGCUGGCUCCUUCCUGCGCAGCCCUUCCGUGCUGCCUGUUCGCUCGGGUCUUGCGGCAGUGAUGGCGACCGCCUCGGCUCAGCCCGCGGCCCUGAGCGCGGAGCAGGCCAAGGUGGUCUUGGCCGAGGUGAUUCAGGCUUUCUCAGCCCCGGAGAACGCGGUGCGCAUGGACGAGGCUCGAGACAACGCAUGCAACGACAUGGGUGUCCUCAAGUUUGCUCGCUUGGUCAAGUCCUACGAAGCACAAGACCCUGAGAUCGCCAGCCUGUCGGGCAAGCUGAAGGCUCUGUUCCUGCCGCCCAUGACGCUCCCGCCACAUGGGCCGGCAGCUGGGGGCAGCGUGGCUGCCUCCUGAGUGCUGGCCCUGGCCUGGACCGUGGCUGGGGCAGGCAUGUACCAGAGGACAAUAAAUGCCCCGGUGACUUG